AUGUACACUAGGGAGAUGAGCCAAGAGAGAGAAACUGGGCCAGGCCUGGCCAGCAGCCCUGAGUGUGCUUGUGGUCGGAGCCACUUCACCUGUGCAGUGAGUGCCCUCGGCGAGUGUACCUGCAUCCCUGCCCAGUGGCAGUGUGACGGAGACAAUGACUGCGGGGACCACAGCGAUGAGGACGGAUGUAUGCUGCCCACCUGUUCCCCUCUUGACUUUCACUGUGACAAUGGCAAGUGCAUCCGCCGUUCCUGGGUGUGUGAUGGGGACAACGACUGUGAGGAUGACUCGGACGAGCAGGACUGUCCCCCCCGGGAGUGUGAGGAGGACGAGUUCCCCUGCCAGAACGGCUACUGCAUCCGGAGCCUGUGGCACUGUGAUGGUGACAAUGACUGCGGUGACAACAGCGAUGAGCAGUGUGACAUGCGCAAGUGCUCUGACAAGGAGUUCCGCUGCAGUGAUGGAAGCUGCAUUGCUGAGCACUGGUACUGCGAUGGCGACACUGACUGCAAAGACGGCUCUGACGAGGAGAGCUGUCCCUCAGCAGUGCCAGCGCCCCCCUGCAACCUGGAGGAGUUCCAGUGUGCCUACGGCCGCUGCAUCCUUGAUAUCUACCACUGCGAUGGUGAUGAUGACUGCGGAGACUGGUCAGACGAGUCUGACUGCUCUUCCCACCAGCCCUGCCGCUCUGGGGAAUUCAUGUGUGACAGUGGCCUGUGUAUCAACGCAGGCUGGCGCUGUGAUGGUGACGCAGACUGUGAUGACCAGUCAGAUGAGCGCAACUGCACCACCUCAAUGUGUACGGCGGAACAGUUCCGCUGUCGGUCAGGCCGCUGCAUCCGCCUGUCUUGGCGCUGUGAUGGGGAGGACGACUGUGCAGACAACAGCGAUGAAGAAAACUGUGAGAACACAGGAAGCCCCCAGUGUGCCUCGGACCAGUUCCUGUGUUGGAACGGGCGCUGCAUUGGGCAGAGAAAGCUGUGCAACGGGAUCAAUGACUGCGGUGACAGCAGCGACGAAAGCCCACAGCAGAACUGCCGGCCCCGGACGGGUGAGGAGAACUGCAAUGUUAACAACGGUGGCUGUGCCCAGAAGUGCCAGAUGGUGCGGGGUGCAGUACAGUGUACCUGCCACACAGGCUACCGGCUCACAGAGGAUGGGCGCACAUGCCAGGAUGUGAACGAAUGUGCUGAGGAGGGAUACUGCAGCCAGGGCUGCACCAACAGUGAAGGGGCUUUCCAGUGCUGGUGUGAAACAGGCUAUGAGCUACGGCCCGACCGGCGCAGCUGCAAGGCUCUGGGGCCAGAGCCUGUGCUACUGUUUGCCAAUCGCAUCGACAUCCGGCAGGUGCUGCCGCACCGCUCUGAGUACACGCUGCUGCUUAACAACCUGGAGAACGCCAUCGCCCUCGAUUUCCAUCACCGGCGCGAGCUUGUCUUCUGGUCAGAUGUCACCCUGGACCGGAUCCUCCGUGCCAACCUCAAUGGCAGCAACGUGGAAGAAGUUGUAUCUACUGGGCUAGAGAGCCCAGGGGGCUUGGCUGUGGAUUGGGUCCAUGACAAACUCUACUGGACCGACUCAGGGACAUCAAGGAUUGAAGUGGCCAAUUUGGAUGGGGCCCACCGGAAGGUGCUGCUGUGGCAGAACCUUGAGAAGCCCCGGGCCAUUGCCUUGCACCCCAUGGAAGGUACCAUUUACUGGACAGACUGGGGCAACACUCCCCGCAUUGAGGCCUCCAGCAUGGAUGGCUCUGGACGCCGCAUCAUUGCUGAUACCCAUCUCUUCUGGCCCAACGGCCUCACCAUCGACUAUGCUGGGCGCCGUAUGUACUGGGUAGAUGCUAAGCACCACGUCAUCGAGAGGGCCAAUCUGGAUGGGAGUCACCGUAAGGCUGUCAUUAGCCAAGGCCUCCCUCAUCCCUUCGCCAUCACAGUGUUUGAAGACAGCCUAUACUGGACAGACUGGCACACCAAGAGCAUCAAUAGUGCUAACAAAUUUACUGGGAAGAACCAGGAAAUCAUUCGUAACAAACUUCACUUCCCCAUGGACAUCCACACCUUGCACCCCCAGCGCCAACCUGCAGGGAAAAACCGCUGUGGGGACAACAAUGGAGGCUGCACCCACCUGUGUCUACCCAGUGGCCAAAACUACACCUGUGCCUGCCCCACUGGCUUCCGCAAGAUCAACAGCCACGCCUGUGCCCAGAGUCUUGACAAGUUCCUGCUUUUUGCCCGAAGGAUGGACAUCCGUCGGAUCAGCUUCGACACAGAGGACCUGUCCGACGAUGUCAUCCCACUAGCUGACGUGCGCAGUGCUGUGGCCCUUGACUGGGACUCCCGGGAUGACCAUGUGUACUGGACAGAUGUCAGCACUGAUACCAUCAGCAGGGCCAAGUGGGAUGGAACAGGACAGGAGGUGGUAGUGGAUACCAGUUUGGAGAGUCCCGCAGGCCUGGCCAUUGAUUGGGUCACCAACAAACUAUACUGGACAGAUGCAGGUACAGACCGGAUUGAAGUGGCCAACACUGAUGGGAGCAUGAGGACAGUACUCAUCUGGGAGAACCUUGAUCGUCCUCGGGACAUCGUGGUAGAACCCAUGGGCGGGUACAUGUAUUGGACUGAUUGGGGUGCUAGCCCCAAGAUUGAACGAGCUGGCAUGGAUGCCUCAGAACGCCAGGUCAUCAUCUCUUCUAAUCUGACCUGGCCUAAUGGCUUGGCUAUUGACUAUGGGUCCCAGCGGCUAUACUGGGCUGAUGCUGGCAUGAAGACGAUUGAAUUUGCUGGACUCGAUGGGAGCAAGAGGAAGGUGCUGAUCGGAAGCCAGCUCCCCCACCCCUUUGGGCUGACCCUUUAUGGAGAGCGCAUCUAUUGGACUGACUGGCAGACCAAGAGUAUACAGAGUGCUGACCGGCUGACGGGCCUGGACCGGGAGACCCUGCAGGAGAACCUGGAGAACCUCAUGGACAUCCACGUCUUCCACCGCCGACGGCCCCCAGUGUCCACACCAUGUGCCGUGGAGAAUGGCGGCUGCAGCCACCUGUGUCUUCGGUCCCCAAAUCCAAGCGGCUUCAGCUGUACCUGCCCAACAGGCAUCAACCUGCUGCCUGAUGGCAAGACCUGUUCACCAGGCAUGAACAGUUUCCUCAUCUUCGCCAGGAGGAUAGAUGUACGCAUGGUCUCCCUGGACAUCCCUUAUUUUGCUGAUGUGGUGGUACCAAUCAACGUUACCAUGAAGAACACCAUUGCCAUUGGAGUGGACCCCCAGGAAGGCAAAGUGUACUGGUCUGACAGCACGCUGCACAGGAUCAGCCGUGCCAAUCUGGAUGGCUCACAGCAUGAGGACAUCAUCACCACAGGGCUUCAGACUACAGAUGGGCUUGCGGUAGAUGCCAUUGGCCGGAAAGUGUACUGGACAGACACGGGAACAAACCGAAUUGAAGUGGGCAACCUGGAUGGAUCCAUGCGGAAAGUGUUGGUGUGGCAGAACCUUGACAGUCCCCGGGCCAUUGUACUGUACCACGAGAUGGGGUUCAUGUACUGGACAGACUGGGGGGAGAAUGCCAAGUUAGAACGGUCUGGAAUGGAUGGCUCAGAGCGCACAGUGCUCAUCAACAACAACCUAGGGUGGCCCAAUGGACUGACUGUGGACAAGGCCAGCUCCCAGCUGCUAUGGGCUGAUGCCCACACUGAGCGAAUUGAGGCUGCUGACCUGAAUGGUGCCAGUCGGCAUACAUUGGUGUCACCAGUGCAGCACCCAUAUGGCCUCACCCUGCUUGACUCCUAUAUCUACUGGACUGACUGGCAGACCCGUAGUAUCCACCGUGCUGACAAGGGUACUGGCAGCAAUGUCAUCCUGGUGAGGUCCAACCUGCCAGGCCUCAUGGACAUCCAGGCUGUGGACCGGGCACAGCCACUGGGCUUUAACAAGUGUGGCUCAAGAAAUGGCGGCUGUUCACACCUCUGCUUGCCUCGACCCUCUGGCUUCUCCUGUGCCUGCCCCACUGGCAUCCAGCUGAAGGGAGACGGGAAGACCUGUGAUCCCUCUCCUGAGACCUACCUGCUCUUCUCCAGCCGUGGCUCCAUCCGGCGUAUCUCACUGGAUACCAGCGACCACACAGAUGUGCAUGUCCCUGUUCCUGAGCUCAACAAUGUCAUCUCUCUGGACUAUGACAGUGUGGAUGGAAAGGUCUAUUAUACAGAUGUGUUCCUGGAUGUUAUCAGGCGAGCAGACCUGAAUGGCAGCAACAUGGAGACAGUGAUCGGGCGUGGGCUGAAGACCACUGAUGGACUAGCAGUGGACUGGGUGGCCAGGAACCUGUAUUGGACAGAUACAGGUCGAAAUACUAUUGAAGCAUCGAGGCUGGAUGGUUCCUGCCGCAAAGUGCUGAUCAACAACAGCCUAGAUGAGCCCCGGGCCAUUGCCGUUUUCCCCAGGAAGGGAUACCUCUUCUGGACAGACUGGGGCCAUAUUGCCAAGAUUGAACGGGCAAACCUGGAUGGCUCUGAGCGGAAGGUCCUCAUCAACACAGACUUGGGUUGGCCCAAUGGCCUCACCCUGGACUAUGAUACCCGCAGGAUCUACUGGGUAGAUGCACAUCUGGACCGGAUUGAGAGUGCUGACCUCAACGGGAAGCUGCGGCAGGUUUUGGUCAGCCAUGUGUCCCACCCCUUUGCCCUCACACAGCAGGACAGGUGGAUCUACUGGACAGACUGGCAGACCAAGUCAAUCCAGCGUGUCGACAAGUACUCAGGCCGGAACAAGGAGACAGUGUUAGCCAAUGUGGAAGGACUCAUGGAUAUCAUUGUGGUUUCUCCUCAGCGGCAGACAGGGACCAAUGCCUGUGGCGUGAACAAUGGUGGCUGCACCCACCUCUGCUUUGCCAGAGCCUUGGACUUCGUAUGUGCCUGUCCUGAUGAGCCUGAUGGCCGGCCCUGUUUCCUUGCACCUGGCCUGGUGCCCCCUGAUCCCAGGGCUACCAGCAUGAGUGAAAAGAGCCCAGUGCUACCCAACACGCUACCUACCACCUUGCGUUCUUCUACCACCCGGACUCGCACGUCUCUGGAGGAGGUGGAAGGAAGAUGCUCUGAAAGGGAUGCCCGGCUGGGCCUCUGUGCACAUUCCAAUGAGGCCGUACCAGCUGCUCCAGGGGAAGGACUUCAUAUCAGCUAUGCCAUCGGUGGACUCCUCAGUAUUCUUCUGAUUUUGGUGGUGAUUGCGGCUUUGAUGCUGUACAGACACAAAAAAUCCAAGUUCACUGAUCCUGGAAUGGGGAACCUGACCUACAGCAACCCCUCCUAUCGAACUUCCACUCAGGAGGUGAAAAUUGAAGCAAUCCCAAAACCGGCCAUGUACAACCAGCUGUGCUAUAAGAAAGAGGGAGGACCUGACCAUAACUACACCAAGGAGAAGAUCAAGAUUGUAGAAGGAAUCUGCCUUUUGUCUGGGGAUGAUGCUGAGUGGGAUGACCUCAAGCAACUGCGCAGCUCACGAGGGGGCCUUCUUCGGGAUCACGUAUGCAUGAAGACAGACACAGUGUCCAUCCAGGCCAGCUCUGGCUCCCUGGAUGACACGGAGACAGAGCAGCUGUUGCAGGAAGAGCAGUCUGAGUGUAGCAGCGUCCACACUGCAGCCACUCCAGAAAGACGGGGCUCUCUAUCAGACACGGGCUGGAAACAUGAACGCAAGCUCUCCUCAGAGAGCCAGGUCUAAAUGUGCACCUUCUCUUCCCUGCCUGCCUGUUCUUCUCCUUUAUGGACUUCCAGUCCUUGUGCUUGCUUACACAGCAGGCCCCCUUCCUAUGUGCUCGUCCUUCUCCUCCUCUCACCCCAUAAUUGCUCCCGAGCCCUCAAGGGAGCUAUUUUCCACCUGAGUCCAUAACUACCCAUGCACAAGAAAUGAUGGCGCAUCUCAAGAAUUUAGACCUGGAUUUUACCAUGAGUCUCACCUCUUGCACUCCAUCCUGGGCCCCUUGAGAUGGCUUGGUAAUGAUUCCUUGCCAAUGUAGAGCUCCACCUCCCCUUCCCCUGGUACCUUGAGUGCCUGCCCCAUAGCAUGGAAGCAGCUGAUGAUCCAAGACUGCACUUUUCCCCCAUCACAGCGGGCAUGACCGCUUCUCUGAGAGGACUUGGCUACCCAGGACUGGGGUGGGAUGGUGUCAGUAAAGAGAGGGAUGAAGGAUAGAGGCUGAGAGAAGAAGGAAGAGUCAGCCCAGCUGGUAUGGGCAUCUGGGAAACCUCCAGCCUCAAGUGUGUUGGUAACAUGAAAAAGCUUUUGGGGGUAGUCAGGCCUUGGUGCCCCAUCCAUUGCUGGCAGUGGAUGUCAUUCUCACCCUAAGAGUCAUUGCCUUUUCAGCUGUAGAUACUGGUGAAACGUGGGUGUGGCUGAAGCUGUUCUUCCUCCUGCUAGAAUGUCUGGAGCCAUUUCUACCUUCAGAUGACUGAGGUCCCCUAUCACACAGCUACUGGCUAAUAUGAAUUCCUUCCUGGUGCCACCACUGGCCAGUACCUUUCCUAAGUCCUUUGCCCUAUGUAACCAGGUUGUGAGUCAGUGGCUUGAGUGAAUGUUGGACCUUCGGGGCUGAGUCUCUAAAAUGUCUAAGAAGCUCUGCCUAGACCAAACGCAGCAUACCACCAGAACUUGAGCAUUUUGCCACUCUCUCCCUCAUUCUCUGGGAUUCUGAGGGAAGAGAUCUGGAAACAGUCUUUCAAAGAAGGACCAGAAGUUUUCAUAAACAAUCAGGAAGAACAGUUGGGUUAGAGACUUUAGACACCCAGGGCCUAAAGAGAAGUAUCCAUGAGGUUGAAACUCCUGUGUUCUUUCUCAAGUGCUCAGGGAUCUAAGUUAGUAGACAGAGAGACUGUAGCUACGGGGUGGUGAAGUUCCUAUUCUCUUUCCUGAGCUGAGUGACUUACUUUCCAUGCUGAGAUGUCAUCACUUGGUUCAUGCUCAUUCACACAAAGAGCAUAUGUCUCAGGCUAGUAUCAGGGAAGUUCAGACUUUUUUCUGCCCUAAAACGUCUCCCUAGCUCUUCUUCACUUUUUUUUUUUUCUCCUAAUUUGCUUUUUCUGAUCUAGCCUUGUGGCACAGUACUCUCCAAAGUCCUAUGGUGAGGAGGGCUAAAUAAAGAUGCAAAGAGGUGGGCAAGGAGUAGAAAGGUAGAAAGAACCACUGAUGAAGACUUCUCAGUCUAGGGCACACCCAGACCUCUUCUCCCCUGGAAGGAGAAGCAGCAGGAGAGGAUGACAGGGUCUGAGGAUGGAGGGCAUGGCUUCUAGAGGAAGUUUUCUGAUCUGAAACAUCUCCUGUGGUUAAAAUCAACUGCCAAACAUGUCGGUGAAAAAGGACAAGAUCACAUCUUUUCUGGUCAGUUCUAAGACUGCUAGAGACAGUUACCAAGCCCUUAGCCCUGCUCUCAGUGGCCAGCUCCAGGUCUGAGCCUACACAUUACAGCCAGGCCAAGAAGGCUUUUCCAGUGCAUGAAGUGGGAACGGUGAGGUGCCACUUCUGGGAGGAAAGAAGGACAUUUCACAUUUGGCAAAGCAGUCAAAGAAGGAGCACUUUGGGUCCUUAGCCUUAUGGUUGGGGAGGAGGAGAAAGUAGAAAAGUGGCAUUUUCUUGAUUGGAAAGGGGGAAGGAUCUUAUUGCACUUGGGCUGUUCAGAAUGUAGAAAGGACAUAUUUGAGGAAAUAUCUAUUUGAGCACUGAUUUACUCUGUAUAAAGCAAAAUCUCUCUAUCCUAAACUAAUGGAAGUGAUUCUCCCACGCUCAUGUGUAAUGGUUUUAACAUUACUCACUGGAGAGAUUGGACUUUCUGGAGUUAUUUAACCACUAUGUUCAAUAUUUUAGGACUUUAUGAUAAUUUAAUAUAAAUUUAGCUUUUCUUAA